AUGUCCGCCCCAUGCGCCGUCCCUCGGACGGCUCCCAUAGCCAUCGCGCCAAAACCGCCGCGCUUUCCACCGAGCCGCCAGAACAGCAUACAUCUCGAUUCCUUCCGCAGCGGCUUCGAUUCGCCCGACUCGGACUCGGUAAGCGGCUUCUCAGCACCCCCUUGCGAGGCUUGCCUGAACCGGCGGAGCGAUUGUGUCAUGGGCGACGACGAGGAAAGCUGUGUUGCGUGCCUGGUUGCCGGAACGGAGUGUUCGCUGGCCGAAAGCCCCCUGCCACGGAAGCGCAAGCUGAACGGUGACCUGGACGGCGGCAGCGCUAGCAAGAGAAGACGGCGCCAUCAGCAUCAGAGUCUGUCGUGCACCACGGCCAGCAGCUCCCUCGUCGAGGAGAUGGCCAACUUUGGCGGCCCGACGCUGCUGAAACGCACCCUCGGCCUCCAAGCAGACAGGUACAGUCAGUAUAUUGGGCCAACCACCGACUUUGAGCCAUCCCUCAUCAACCUUUCCCCAUUUGACCCGCACGACGAGAGCCUGCUGGCGCGGGGCACUUUGAGGAGGGUGAGCGACAAUGACACGUUCCUGCUGUUGCCCGACCACAGCACGCCGGGCUAUGAGCACAUACUCAGUGACGUCGAUGAGAUCGAGAACCUUGUGGCGCCCCAUGGCCGCAAGCUGAUAGACUUGUACUUUCGGGUCGUGCACCCGGCCUUCCCCAUCCUCCAAAAGAGCGUGUUCCUCGAGAAGUACGAACGCUCGCACCGCGAGUUCUCGCCCCCGGUUCUUGCUGCCGUCUACAUCUUGGCCAUCAACUGGUGGGAGCAGUCGGAGGAACUGGCAAGCCACCCGCGGCCCAAUGUCCGAGAGCUCGAGAGGCUGGUGCGGACCACGCUGGCCGAUGCCAUGUACCGACCCAAGCUGUCAACACUACAGGCCGGCCUCAUCCUGUCGCAACGACCUGAGGGAGACCAGUGGGCACCCACUGCGCAGCUCGUAGCCAUCGGACAGGAGCUUGGUCUGCAUUUAGAUUGCAGCCACUGGAAGAUUCCGCCCUGGGAGCGCGGCCUACGGAAGCGCCUAGCCUGGGCUUUGUAUAUGCAGGACAAAUGGGGUGCUCUCGUCCACGGCCGGCCGUCACACAUCUUCGCUUCCAACUGGGCUGUGCAACCCCUGAAUUCGAAUGAUUUCCCAGACGUGGAAUGGGAUGAGAAUGAUGCCGAGGGGAGGAUAGAGAUUGAACGCGGUCGCGUGCUGUUUGGGCAGAUGGUGCAACUGUCGCAGAUCCUCGCCGAGAUCCUCGAAACCUUCUACACCCUGCAGGCUUCACAGGCCGCCGCCAACGCGGGCGCGCAAGCCACGCAGCUUAUACUCUCCCUUGCCAAGCCGAUCCAACUCAAGCUCAAGGAGUGGUACUCGGGCCUCCCUGCCGUCGUCCGCAUGGACUCGAGCUUUCAGAGCGGCCUCAACCAGUCCAACCGCCCCUCCAGCAUAGGCUUCCUCCACCUAGCCUAUUUCGCCACGGAAAUUACCCUCCACCGGCGCAUCAUACGCUCAAUGGACGCGUCCGGCGCGGCAGCUGCUUCCUCUUCCCCUUCCCCAGCCGGCGCCAACGCCAAUACUGGUGGGGUCGACCCCUACAUUCAACACAUUUGUCGCAGCGCCGCCAAAGCCCGCCUCAUCUCGGCCAUGGACUUUGUCAACCGCCUCACCCCUUCGCAUCUGCGCUCCUUUUGGUACUUCGCCUCCAAAACUAACUUUGCCCUCAUCGGGACGUUUGGCUCCCUCCUGUGGGCGACGUCGCCGGGUAGGGAGGAAGCCGAGUGGUAUCGCCGCCGUCUGGGCGAGUACCGCUGGACGCUGUCGGUGAGCUCCAAGCCGGGCGAGGGCAAGGGCCUGACCGAGUUUGCCAUGGGCAUGUUGGACAUCUCGACGGGUCUGCUCAAGAAGCUGCCCGAGAAGCCGCUCCUGAGUCGGAGCGGCAGCGCGGUGGAUAUCGAUGCCGCGAGGAGGCAGAGCCUGCUCGCGCUGGGAGGAACGGGGGCGUCUGGCGUUGCUGGCGGGAGUAGUAGUAGUGGGAAUCUGAUGGGGAUGGGCGGGUUUGGCGUCGGCGGGAGCGGGAGUAUGAGUGGGUUGGAGAGCUAUAGUGGCGGGCACUCUGCGGAAGCGAGUGGCGUGCAGAGUCCCGGGAGCGAGGAAAGCGAGUGCUCGGAGGAGGGAGUGUAUGGGAAUUUUUCUGCAACGGCGGGGAUGGCUGGGUUGGCGGACUAG